UUAUGGUAAUUCGGAUAUAUUCCAUGGCAAAUGCUGAAACCUAGAGUAGAUAGUAGCUGUCGAAAAACUGUGACCGCCAUUAAUGAUGAUGAAUUUUUCAGGGGGUAUUUUUAGUCAACCCUAAAUUUGUGAAUUGUUUAUGUUUAGUAAGCUGAGGAAUUUGUAGGAAUUUUUCUAAUCUUAUGCCCGACAAUACCUAUCUGAAUGACUUCAUUUGAAAAAGAGAAUAUACCAGCUGGUUAAGCUUUCUGGUGAAGUUGAUUACUAGUGGAAUUCAGUUAGAAGCCAUUGUUACUAGGCCUAGGUAUCCUCAUUUGGUAUUUUGGCGAUCUGUUUUAGCAGUAACACCUUGGGAGACUCGGAUGUUAAAACUAAAUCUUCACGCCGAUCGAUGGACUCGGAAAGGGCAGAGAGUUAAAGGACCCAGGUCGUCUUCAAAGGCUGUCAAAUCAGAUCCAAUAAAUGAUACAAUUCUUAUUUCUUGAUUUUAAUACAUUGUGUAAUCACAUCAUUUUGAGGAUAAACUCGAGAGAAAUGGCGUCGCUUCCGUUGAAUUUAUAUGGAAGAAGUUGCUCCGUUUGGAUAUUAAAAGUUAAUGGGACAAGCGCCUGUCGUUUCUUGGCAAUGACGUUAGCCUCGGGUCGGCAAUUUUAAAUAAUGAGAGAAGACCUUGUGUUUAGGGAAAUUUAUGUCAGCAUGUACCAGAUUCCUUUCACAUAUAUUCAUCUGAUUAUUUCCUGGUUAUUUACAAGAGCUAAGAGGCGGCAACAAACAAGAACAAUAUCGUUUGCUAUGGCGCACUCUGCACUUGUUCCUGCGAUUCAAGCCCUCUCUGACAUUAAUUGUCCCCAAGGCAAAAUUUUGACCAAACAAUUCCUUCAACUUUGCGCCACGAUUUUGCCUGUGUUAGAUAAAUUAGGACCUACGAUGGCGGUUAUCAGGUCAGACAUUGGAGGAAAUAUUCAGAGACUGGAUGACAUGUACGAGUCCAGUAAAUCUGAGUACGCCUUUCUAUACGAAAUAGUUCGCAAAGAAGCCGCGCAAGGAACAGCGAAGAAACCGCUGAGCUGCACAAAAGCGGUACUGUGGUUAACAAGGGGUAUGGAGUUCAUGAUUGUGCUGUUGGGGACUUUGGUAGAACAGGAGGAGUGGAGCCUCAAGCAGGCCGUUGAAUAUGCUUACAAUACCACACUCAAGCAAUGGCAUGGAUGGAUCUCUACGGCCGCCUCCAAUGUGGGUUUGAAAUUGAUCCCUGAAAGGCAAAAUUUCAUGAAACUUUUGGGCGACACCACAAACUUUAAAGAGGACGUUGACAAGUUGUCUGCAUCGUUGUCUCCUCUUCUACAGGCAAAUCAUGCCUUUCUGCAAAGCCUCCGCUUGAACAGGAUGAAAUCAUCAUAGUGUUGUCACUUUUACUUCACCACAUGUAUAUUUUACACACAACAUAUAGAUUGUAACAGAGAAUUUUCACAAGGUCGAAUUUCAUGUAUAUUUUUAAGAAAAUAUAGGUAUAGAUUGUGAUGAGAAGGAUCAAAAUGAACAUAACUGUUUAUAUCUGUUAGUGGUCUUCUGUACAUAUCUUCAUGUGGAUAUCGUGAGAGAUCUGGUUGAAUUGCGUAGGGCGUGCCAUUCAAAGGCAUGUCCUUGGAUCACCUUUCAUUGACUUUUUAUAUUUGUAUUUUUUCGUUGUUAUGUUAUGAUAAAAGUUCGUGUGAAAUGGACACCAUUAAUUUUGACUUC